GGUUCCUUUUUUCCCCCUUUUUUGCUAUUCCUUGUAAGUAGGACAGCCUAAUCCAUACAGCUUGCUAAGAGCUAGCUGUGGUGUAAUAGCCCACCAAAAAUCUCUGCUUGAUUAUGUUUGAAUUUGGGCUUCUUUCUUUCUUCCUUUUGGUUCACACUCAUUUCAAAAGUUUCAAAUUUUUGUAGUGGAGUUGCACUAAAAAGCUAAUCUUGAUUGUACUUUGAUGGUGGCAUUGAGUUAACCUGAAUUGGGUCUUCUUUCUUUCUAACUUUUGGUUCAUACCAAUUUCAAAAGAUUCAAUUUUUCAUAGUGGAGUAGCAAUAAAAACCUCUUCUUGAUUGUGUUUUCAUGGUGACAUUGAGGUAACCUUUCUUCUGGUUCAUACUCAUUACCAAGCUGGAGUCUUUCUUGGUAAUUAAGGUGCACAGUUCGAAACUCGAUGGAUAAUUGUGGCGCCUCUUUACCCGUCUCCAUUUAUAUACCAGGCUUUUUGUCCGCCAAACUCACACAUCACGCGUUGCACUCUUACCACUUGACCAAAGCCCUGGGGGCAUUUACAAUCUGCAGUCUUGAGGAAAGUUGUUAGCUUUAGUGUAAAAGUUCAGAUCUUGUCUUAACACUAUGUUCUGCUUUUGGUGUUAGUCAUAGUUCAUUGGUUGUUUCUUGUGAUUUGUCAGUCAAGAAAGCUUUUUUCCUGUUUCAAGAUUGCUCUAGAUAGUUGAGUAAGAUCUAUAAUGCUGCAGUAGUGCAGUGUAGGUUCUCAAUAUCAUAUGGGGAAUUGGUGCUUUGUUUACUCAGCUAUUUUGAGAUUGAGAUUGAGACAUAGUUGGUGUUGUUGUUGUAGUAACUAAGGUGCUUUUGAAAGAAGAAAUUCAAACCCUGGUGGUUAGGAAGUGCCUUUGGAGUUGUAAAUCUCGGAGAAUUGGAAUUCAGUGUUUGGCAAUAGGCUCUUUAUGAUGGUGAAUUUGAGAACAAUGUCAUGGAUGCUUUUGGUUCUAGCUGUAGUGGUGUCCAUUUUUUCGACUCAGGACUCGAAUGCUGCCUUCGCUCCUGCUGAUAACCACUUGCUGGCGUGUGGAUCAUCACAAACUGUGACCUAUAUCGGCCAAACAUACGUUCCUGAUUCGUUCCAUUCUUUAGAAAGUGAGGAAAAUUCUAUUGCUGCCACGGCCAAUUCUAGUGCUCCGUUUUCGAUCUAUCGGUCUGCCAGGAUUUUCCAGAGUACGGCAUUUUACAAGUUUGAUAUUAAGCAAGAAGGCCACCAUUGGGUCCGUCUCUAUUUCUACCCUCUUCCAGGGCACAACUUGACAUCCGCCUCAAUGACCGUUGUCACGGAAAAUUUCGUUCUGUUGAACAAUUUCAGUUUCAAGAGGUAUAAUGGUUCAUACCUCUUUAAGGAAUACGCGAUCAAUGUUAAUUCAAAUAGCUUGAUUCUUGCUUUAAUCCCUUCCAACAAUUCGGUUGCAUUUAUCAAUGCUAUAGAAGUUGUAUCAGUUCCUGAUGAGUUGUUUCCUGAUCAAGCACCGGCUUUAUCUCCUGUAGCACAUUUCAAUGGCCUGUCCGCUUUAGCCCUUGAAACUGUUUAUCGUCUAAACAUGGGCGGGCCCCAUCUUACUGCUCAGAACGACACGUUAGGAAGAACGUGGGAGAAUGACAUGAAUUACUUACAUGUCAACAGCUCAGUGGUGAAUGCUUCGGUUAGUCCUUCGAGCAUAAGGUAUCUGGCCACUAUGACUCCUGAAAUAGCACCGAAUUGGGUUUAUGCUACUGCUGAAACCAUGGGAGAUGCUAAUACUGCCAAUGGGAAUUUCAAUAUCACUUGGGUGUUCUCCGUUGAUCCGAACUUCAUGUACUUCGUACGGGUACAUUUCUGUGACAUUGUGAGCAAAUCUUUGAAUACUCUUCUGUUCAACUUGUACGUUAAUGAUGACGCUGCUCUAUUGGACAUAGACUUGUCGACCUUAGCUGGAAAUUUGAACGUACCGUUAUACAAGGAUUUCGUCUCCAAUUCCUCGGGACACUCAAGUGUUCUGACAGUCAGUGUCGGUUCAGGCACGAGUUCAGAUUCGAUAAAUGCAAUUAUGAAUGGAUUGGAAAUCAUGAAGAUUAGCAACGACGCCAAAAGCUUGAGCGGGGUUCAACCUGUUGAGACUCUACUUAAGUUGCCUCACAAAAAGAAAAAGAUUGGUAUCAUUCUUGGUUCUGUCUUAGGAGCAUUAGGUGCCUUGGCGAUUGUCGGGUUGUGUUGUUGCUGCUUUAUAGCCCGAAGAUCGAAGACUUCCAACCAAAGGCAUUCAUGGAUUCCGUCCUUGUAUGGAAACUCUUUAACCUUAACGAAAACAACAAUUGGAACUGCGAGUUGCAUCUCAUUGGCUUCACCGAAUGUAGGACGAUUCUUUAGUUUCCAAGAAAUAAUGGAUGCAACUAACAAGUUCGACGAAAGCUUGCUUCUCGGUGUUGGUGGUUUUGGUAGGGUUUAUAAAGGAACAAUGGAAGAUGGGACUACACUUGCUGUCAAAAGAGGAAACACAGGAUCCGAACAAGGUCUCGCUGAAUUUCAAACUGAGAUUGAAAUGUUGUCCAAACUUCGCCACCGCCACCUUGUGUCUUUGAUUGGUUAUUGCGAUGAACGGUCAGAAAUGAUUCUUGUUUAUGAAUACAUGGAAAAUGGCCCUCUCAGAAGCCAUCUUUACGGAACUGAUCUCCCGCCUCUCUCGUGGAAGCAGCGUCUUGAGAUUUGUAUUGGUGCUGCCAGGGGGCUGCAUUACCUCCACACAGGUGCAUCCCAGAGCAUCAUUCACCGCGAUGUCAAAACGACCAACAUACUCUUGGACGAGAACUUUGUGGCUAAAGUCGCUGACUUUGGUCUUUCUAAAGAGGGACCGGCUCUUGAUCAGACGCACGUAAGUACCGCCGUUAAAGGUAGUUUUGGAUACCUUGAUCCUGAAUACUUUAGGAGGCAGCAGCUUACAGAGAAAUCAGAUGUUUAUUCAUUUGGUGUUGUCCUAAUGGAAGUGCUCUGCGCUAGACCUGCAUUGAAUCCGGUCCUCCCACGCGAGCAAGUUAAUAUAGCCGAGUGGGCCAUGAUUUGGCAAAAGAAAGGCAUGUUGGAUCGGAUAAUGGACCCGAAUAUCGAGGGGCAAGUGAAUGAAGCCUCCCUGAAAAAGUUUGGGGAGACAGCUGAGAAGUGUUUGGCUGAGUACGGAGUUGAUAGACCUUCAAUGGGGGACGUGUUGUGGAAUCUUGAAUAUGUUCUUCAGCUCGAGGAAGUCUCAUCAGCGUUGACAGAGCCUGAUGAUAACAGUACAAACCAUAUCCCACCAGUUGAGCCAUUUGAAAAUAGCGUUAGCAAUGUUGAAGGGAUAGCUAACUCAGGAACAGAUUACGAUGCAGGGGAUGCUGCUACUAGUUCUGUUUUCUCUCAGCUGGUGAAUCCACAGGGAAGAUGAGAAGAAAUGGGAAUUUAUAAAGCAGACCCCACCUUGUUUGGGACUGAGGCGUAGUUCUUCUUGUUGUUGUUGUUGUAUAGGUGCUCUCGGGUCUCAGCCACUUGACAUCCCAAAAAUUUAUUUCAUGGUUUCAAGGGAAAGUGGAUAUGAUUUCAAAAUCUUAUGAUUAAUAGU